GUCGACAACGUCCAGCUCUCCUCAACAAUCCGCUCUACACCACCGCUGUCCCCGCCCGUUUUCCUUCUCUCCUCCCCAAUCUUCAGCACACAAUGGGUCUCUCUGUCUCUCGUCUCCUCUCAGGCCUCUUCGGCAAGAAGGAAAUGCGCAUCCUCAUGGUUGGUCUCGACGCAGCGGGUAAGACGACAAUCUUGUACAAGUUGAAGCUAGGCGAAAUCGUCACCACCAUCCCAACAAUUGGAUUCAACGUCGAGACCGUUGAAUACAAGAACAUCUCUUUCACCGUGUGGGAUGUCGGAGGUCAGGACAAGAUCCGUCCCCUUUGGAGACAUUACUUCCAGAACACCCAGGGCAUCAUUUUCGUCGUCGACUCCAACGAUCGGGAGCGUGUUUCUGAGGCGCGGGAAGAGCUGCAGCGGAUGCUGAACGAGGACGAGCUCCGGGAUGCCCUCCUCCUCGUUUUCGCAAACAAGCAGGAUCUCCCGAACGCCAUGAACGCAUCUGAAAUCACCGACAAGCUGGGCCUCCAGGGACUCAGGCAGAGGACGUGGUAUAUCCAGGCGGCGUGCGCCACGAGCGGUGAUGGCUUGUACGAGGGACUUGAGUGGCUGAGCGCGAACAUCAAGCGGCGGGUGUAAGGAGUCUCUGUAGUUUCGUUCGUGUUCGUCCUGGGUCCUUGCUUAGUGUCUUGUCAUACACAUAUUAUGAUCCCUCACGAUAACGAAAAAACGUGCACCGCAUCGCUGCCUCCGUCAUACUUGCCAUUCACGCCCUGCUGUCCUUAUCUUCCCUCUUAUUACCUGUCUCUUGGCCCUUUUUCUUCUUGUCGUCCCACGGAGUCCUCCCUUUCCUAACAAAGCUUUUAAACUCUUCGUGUACAUCUGUACCGCGGCCCAAUGAUUUCUAUAAAAUCGAAGACG